ACAACAUGACGUUUGUUUUGGGAGCACCAAGUCGAGGCUGUAGUAAGCUGAUACGCAAAGGACAAACUCAUGAAGCGGGCAACAGAGAUUCGCCAAACUUAGCUCGGUUUUUAGCUCGACAUGGGCAAGCGUUCUAAACAAGAACCCAGGCCAGUAGAUGGAAUGCGUUCAAUGUGGGAAUUUGCGUUUAUUUCGCAAUUCCUUCGGGUAUUUCAGGACAAGUUUGGUUUUGUCCACUUUCAGUCCGAGGAUUUAGAAAAUGCCCUUACAGAAGCUGAGAGUUAUCCGCUGUUCAGUGUCUUUGCCAUUUUACUGCGAAAUCUCAGCAAACGCCGGGAUAUUAGGAUGGAAUCAUGGCAAGCUGCAAUGAGUCAAGAAUUAGAAGCUAGAAAGAUUGGAUGGGAUCCCCUCUCGGAGGGAAUAACGUACAGCGAAGUGAGCCCGGAAAACAGAGUCCUACUUCUCAAACAAUUGAUUGAAUUUGUAAGCACCAAAGAGAAUGAAGUCAAAGAUUUUGUGACAAAUUUCCUGAAUAAAGAAAAAGGGGACAAGAGUGCAAUUGGUCAAGAUGAACAGAAUAAUGUUUACUGGUAUUUUGAUGAUUUAAGGCUCUACAGAGGGAAAAGAUCUGAAGAGGGCAAGCUUCAAAGCUGGGAGACUGUUUGUACGAGUGCUGACGAGUGGCAAGCACUGAUCAGUUCCUUAGAAGAUAGCAGUAACGCCGAGGAGACGAAAUUGCACCAGUACUUAAAAGAUGAACUCUACCCUUCGCUGAUAGACAAACUUCAGGAACAUGAGAAAGAAAAGGAGUUAAAAGGAAAGAGAAAGAAAUCGAAGACUUCGAGAUCACCUGAAAAGGAGAAGCGCGAAGAGGAGAAAGAUGCUUUGCUGAAGCAGGAAGAGGACGAGAUAGAGAGAAUGAAACAGGAAGAGGAUGAAAACCAGCAGAUUCCCCUCGCCGCGGAACGCUAUAAGAACGGACGGCGGAGAGAUUCCGAGGAGGAAGAUGGUAGUCCUGUAAACCAAACUCCUACUAAGGGUGUUGACGAACUGCCACACGAUAUGGGGGACUCCGGCGGACUAGGGUCUAGAACCAAGAGGAAAUGCGUCAUCUUACGCGAGCAAUCCAAAACAAAAAAGGAGUGGUGGGACGAAGAGGGACUUGGCUCCGAUAACGAUGAAGACGACGACUACGAUUCUGACGCCUCUGAUGGCCCUCGACGUAAAAGGAAAUCGAAAGUAGUCCGCGCUCCAGAGAUUCGCGGUCCUCCCAACCGCACCUACAUGUUUUCCACGGCCAUCGCGAAUCGCGCAGCAGAGGCUGUGAGCCAGGGGCGCGUCGAUAACAUCAUCACCUUCCACCGUGCCCAGCAGUCGACCCCGCCAUACCUACGAGUGGAAAGACCCAACAAGUUCGACCAGCAGAAGGCCUACUUCUCGCAGCAGUACCCUAUGGGUAGCGAUCCAAACGGCAUGGCGGCAAGGGGGUUCGGGGGCCUGCCGGGUAGCAUGGUGGGAGAUGGAGCGGUAGGGCCCGGGAGACCUGGCUAUGUUGCAGCUGCACCCUGGCAGCAGUACCAGAUGCAACAACAAUUCAUGAAAGAACACGGGGGUCAGCCGCGACAGGGUGCCGCACAAGUCGAGGACAAUAUACACCAGUUGCUCUAUGGGAACACUAUAAAUGGAGGCGUCCCUUCUAACAAUAAUGGCAUGUACCAGCGAGGCGCGAGCUACCCUCCCCGCAUGCCCGGGAUGCAGCAGACGCCCUCGCAAUACGGAUACCAGCAGCCGCAGCAGCAACAGCAGCAGCAGUCGUUUGACCAGUUCCGACCGCAGUUCCAGCAGGCUCAGUACCCUGGCUUUCCACAACAACAGCAGCCUUCACAGAGCCAGCAGCAGCAAUUCUUUCCACGCCAGCAGCGCAUGAUGACCACGACUGCACACUCUCCAACUGCUCAGUCACCCUCUGCUGAUAGCCUGGGCUCUAGCGUCCGCUCCCCUCCCCCUCCCUAUCCUGGCAGCCGCACCUCGGGGAAUCCCCAUAUGGGCUCCAGCCCCGCCCCAAUACCUUCUCCAACAAGCACGGGCUCGCCUCAGACCCCCCUGACGCCACACACGCCCAGGUUUCCGAACACUGCGCCAUCCCCUGGAGAGCCCAACAAGCCGCCAUUCUCGCCAAGCAAUCACCAGGCUGCAUUUCCCACACCCGCUGGGUUCUCGACGCAAAAGCGGCUUAAUAACGACUCGAGCGAUACUGAGACGCACCCUCAAGGGUUCAUGGAUCUUGGCAGUAAAUCCUUCCCUACCGCUUCUCAAGUAACAAACCCUUACUCGAGCAUGGGGACCUUCAACCAAUCCCCACGGGUAUCUGAAGACUCACUGCACUCUCCGCUCGACAACACGUCUUCCUCGUUUGAAUCUGGUCCUCCCAACAAGAGUCCGUUCCAGCCAGGCAUAAGCAGCGCGUACUCCGGCUCUUCCGCCGCCAUGAGUAACAAGUCGUUCUCAGUGGAGAGCCUAACCGCACCGAGGCAACCGUCAGAUCGCGGCACGCCUCCACACGCCAUGGACCAGUCAGUCACCCCGUACGGCGGCCUGUACUACCAAUCCAAGUACCCCCCGGGGAUGUUUGGUCAGGCCCGGUAUCAGUACCCUCCAGCCAUGCAGCACGCGGGACCUUUCUAUAAUUCGCAAAUACAACCAAAUAUGUACUACGACAGAGGCUCGUUGCCCGUGUACCCCCCUGGCAGAGAGGGAGGACUAUGAGGUAACGUUGUCCUCCGUUGAUCUCUUCGGGUGCGGGUCCUGUUUGCGGCUCCUUUCCUUCAUACACUCGCUGUCCUUAGGAUGGACCCUGUAAGGCACACGCCUUCCGAGCUCCCAUGUUUGCGCCUAGGGAGGCGCUUCUUGUGUAUACACAAAUCCUUCUUAUAAUGGCUUCGCUCAAGAACGAUUAUUGGAGCUUUAUUCUGAAGCUGAGAGAAUGUAACAUAGAAUAGGCAGAUUUCAGGACAAGAAAAUCUGCUAAAUGCUCCAGGCGCGUAAUUUUUUUCUUGAUAUUUUAGCCAAGCCGGGAUGCGGUCCCGUUUUAAUGUUAUGUUUUACGCCUCGCUUCAAUUUGGUCGCUUCGUGCUAUGUAAGCGUCUUAGGUUCAUUUAUUAUUACUUGGUCACAAUUCAGAAUCACAUCCGUUUAAGGUCGUGAAACGUGCUUUUAUCAGAACAAAUGCGAAUGUGUUGUGUUCUAUUAUUACCGGGCUGUUUAUUUUUGUACAGCCGUAAAUAAAUAAGUUCAGUUGUCAGCAGGGAACCCCAGAACAGACACUGAAUUUCUUUUUGGACUCUGCGCAUUGACGGAUUUCUGUAAAGGUAGUAGUCACAAUCGUGAUCGAGAUUCCCUUCAGUAUACAGAACGACGGUAAAGUUAAAAUCUUUUUUUGCGUGUGUGAUGGGGGGUAUUUGUUUGAUCACGGGAAAAUAUCCGAAACGUUAACUGACAGUUUAGCCAUUCCCAGGGUCGAAUACAGAAUAGUGUUUCAUUGAUUUUAUACAGCGCCAAGUGCUUAUUUCCUAUCGUUUUAGGCGUAGUUUAUAUCAUUUCAUUCAUCUUACAUAGUUAUACACAACGCGGAGAAGUGCCCAGCGCUAUUUGAAAGUGCUGCCAGCGACAAUUGUACAAUACCAGUAUAUAAUUGAUGGUUAAAGGUCACUUAGGGCCGUGUUUUCCAUGAUCAAUAAAGCAUCAUCAAUAAUGUU